GUGUGUCCAUAACAUUUCUUGUGUGACCACAAUCAAGACUCACCAAAAAGAAAAACAAAAAAACCUUUUGGAUUCUAUUCAAAAUACACACUCCCACCGGAAAAAAGAAUUGAAUCGCCGUUUCAUUUCCAACAAAAACCCCUUCGUUUUCUUGAGUCUCUGCAACCCACACAUCGUUCAUCACUGAUUUCGAGAGAUGCUUCAAACUUUUCUGAUCUCACAGGUGGCCAUUAUAGUGUGUUGACUGGAUGAGAUUGACAAACAUGCUUCCAAAGAUUCAAUAAUCUUGAAUCUGAUAUAUGACAAUGCCAACAUUAUCUGAACACUUUAGCUUUGGGGUUCUGUAGCAAUAUACAACAUUCUCCUUUUGAGUUUAAUUCAGGUGAUUAUGUUAAUACAAAGUUCUCUUCUUAGUUCAGUUGAAGCUGGUCUAUGUUAUGUAUAUGAUGAUGGGAAAGAUUUUCAACGUGACCGGAUGCCUAGUGGUGAAACUUGUCAGGUUUGUCUGAAAUGCAACAAGUACCCUGCUGACUGGUGUAGAAAAGCUGAACCAAUGGAAGAGGAUAAUAGGAAUGCUGAUGAUCCUUUCAACUCAAACUGUCUAAGAAGCUGUGGUCGACCAUCAACUGCAAGUAUAAUGACCGAAAACACUGCACCUAAUUUGGUAUACAGGAGAAAAAAGCUACGCAAGGGAUCAAUUUCUUCUCCUUUCAAGCUAGGGCUGACCGAUGUGCAGACAAGUGCCAAUUUUACUUCAUUCAUAAGUUCCUCUUUGCACUUGUCAUCAGCUGAGGACCAAACAGCUGUUUUUCCAGUUAAGCAUCAAAUUGAAAUUGUCAAAGAUCCUACUCUGCCUUCUGUCUUUCUUGAUGGAGUAGCAAAAGAUACCACACAGAAAAAAAUAGGUAUUGACAGUGUAAAUGAUAGCUGUUCCUCUUCAAAGUCAAAUAUGGUACUUGUUUCAGAUUCCUUAGCAACUGAGAUGGAUGACACUGGUGAAUGCUCCUCCUCUAGUUUAAUAGUAACGGACUCCACAAGGGAAGAAUUAACAGAAAAGGAUUUCUGCAUUAAUAUUUUAAGAAGCCAUGGACUUCUUAGAGGAGAUACUCUUACAGAUAAUGUGGUUUCCAUUGAAGAUGCCGUUACCACCGUUAAUAACUGUUGUUCCAGAUCAUGCAAAAUAUGUGGUCAUUUGGAUAGUUCAUUGAAUAUGCUUUUGUGUGAUAAUUGUGAAAACUCAUAUCAUCCAUGUUGCUACAAUACACGUUUGAAAAGAGUACCAAUUGAUGAGUGGUUUUGUCAUUCAUGUCUUAAUAAAAGGCAAAAAUUUCUUAAGGAGACAAUUAUCAAAUCACCACGUAUCAACAGUGGAAUAGGGAAAUCUAGAACUGUCUCAGUUAAGGAUGAAAUGAAUCCCAUACUGUUGAUGUUGAGAGAUACUGAGCCAUAUACGACUGGUGUGCGAGUUGGCAAAGGUUUUCAAGCAGCAGUCCUUGACUGGUCAGGCCCUUUAAAAAGUGAUGAAGACUACUUUCCAGAACCAUUGCAAAUUAAUCCUUCAGAAAUUUAUAGACCGCAGGAAGAGAAUAUGAGAAAUCCAACUAGACUCAGUUCCAUUGGCAACUGGCUUCAAUGCCGAGAGGUUAUAGACAAAACUAGGGAAAUUAUAUGUGGAAAAUGGCGCAGGGCUCCACUAUUUGAAGUUCAAACCGAUGAUUGGGAGUGCUUCUGUGCUUUUCAUUGGGAUCCAUCUCAUGCUGAUUGUGCUGUACCUCAGGAGGUGGAAACAGAUGAGGUUCUGAAACAACUGAAGUAUAUAGAAAUGUUGAGGCCACGACUUGCUGCAAAACAGAGAAAAUCAGAUUGCACAAAUAAUGGCAAUUGAAGAAUCCAUAGUGGUGAGAAUUCUGGAUUUUUUUGUAUAUUGAAAAAUCUUGUCAGAGAAAGCCAUAUUGUAUGUGUUCCAUGUCAUCCAGUGGCAUUUUGUUUUUACAGCGUGACAGAAUAUGGAACAAUAUUUUGUGAUAUGGCUUAGUAGAUUUCAGCCCCAUUUCUUAGGUUAUAGCUUUUAUUUUGGUAGAAAUGAUAGCUUGGGGGUCAUUUUGCCUAUCAUGAGGGAAACCAUCGCCUUCAACAUUACCCAAUUGAUGUCAAAUUUUUUGAGAAAUUAAAAGACUGAUAGUGAAAGAUUUUGACUUCUUACACUGUGCCCAUUUCUUUGCAAUAAUCUUGUAUUGUUAAUUUCUCCAA